AUGUCCCAGCCAUGGGACUAUAUUGCUAAGCUCGUCUGCAUCGGUGAUUCUGGUACCGGCAAGUCCAGCCUCACGAUCCGCCUCUGUGAAGGUCGCUUCUCCCCGUCGCACGAUGUCACCAUCGGGGUUGAGUUUGGUUCCAGGAUUGUGCCAGUAGGGCCACCUGCUUCGCUGGAGCUAGGUAUUGAGGAGUUUUCUCGCGACGCGUCCGGCUCUGGGGGAGACCCAUCUCCUUCGGAGUCCGCUACGUCGGGUCUACCCAGCCCGCCACGGAAGCCUGAGUCUUCUUCUCCCCAAAAGCGAAUGAAACUUUCGCUUUGGGAUACUGCUGGACAAGAGACAUACAAGUCUAUCACCAGAUCUUACUUCCGCGGCGCAUCCGGAGCUCUCCUUGUUUUCGACAUCUCAAGGCGCUCAACCUUCAUCUCCUGUACUCAGUGGCUUCAAGAUCUACGCUUGAUCGCAGAAGAAGGAAUCGUGGUCAUUCUAGUGGGCAAUAAGACCGACCUAGCAGGACAGGAGUCUGGGUCGAAUCAAAGACAAGUAACGCAGCAAGAGGCAGAGGAAUGGUGUCGCAUGAACAACAUUGUCCGCUAUGUCGAAACCAGUGCCAAGUCCGGAGAUGGGGUGGAACGAGCCUUUUUGGAAGUCGCGGAGCGAAUCUAUCGUAAUAUUGAAGCCGGCAAAUAUGACCUUAAUGAUCGUCGCAGCGGAGUGAAAGGGUUUGGCGCUUCGGGAGGGGGUAACGCCGGGGUGCCCAAAACAAUUACUUUGGGCAUGGAUGAUGCAAUGCGCAAAGGUAGUGGCUGGAGCGGAGGCUGUUGCUAA